AUUCGGCGUGCCAUAGCUGAAAGUGAAAGUAGGCCAAAGCCAAAAGUCACUAAUUCAGCACUAGUAUACUAACCAUCUGAAUGGACCUACAUCUCUGCUGUUUGUUGGAUUCUUGGGCAUUGUCAUUGGCUGGGAUUGUUGUCGUCGUUUUUCUUUUGUUAUGGCUGCGGCGUCGAGAAGCGGAGGAUUACCAGAGAAGGACGGGGAUACCUGCCCCGGAGGGAAUCCUUCCUCUGAUAGGUCAUCUUUACCAGGUCAUCAAAAUGGGAGUUGAUGAUUAUGAGAGGAAAUGGUUUAAUGAAAAGAAAACUAAAAUCAUUGUGUCUUGGUAUGGUAAAACUCCCCUAAUUACUGUGGCUGAUCCAGAAAUAGCAAAGCAUGUCCUUGUGAAGGAUUUUCCCUACUUCCAGGACAGGCCAAGGAGGAUUUACACAAUGACACAGACACCUGUUAACAAAGGUGUAUUUUUCCAUUAUGGAUCACACUGGAAACGGAUUCGUUCCAUUUUAACUCCAACAUUUAGCACAGGGAAACUGAAGAUGACUACACAUGACAUAAACAGAUGUUCUGCAAAUCUGGCUGAUAAAAUGGAAAACAUGGCAAAAGCCAAAGAAAAUGUUGAAGUCAAACAGCUAUAUGGGGGUUUUACUCUGGACGCUAUAGCAGCGACAGCCUUUGGAUUGGAUGUAGACAGUAUUAACAAUCCAGACAGUUCUUUUAUCAAGAACAUCAAAGAAAUAUUCCAAAGAGGGAUGAAGCCAUGGAGAAGAAUUUGCAUCACACUUGCAAGUGUAUUUCCUAGCCUUUAUCCUGUUCUUCGUAUCUUCAACCUGACUUUCUUCAACAAGGAGAAUGUAGGGUUUUUUGUCAGACAAUGUCAAGCUAUGAUAGAAGACAGGAAAACCGAGUCAUCUGAGGUAUGUAGACAUGUUGAUUUUCUUCAACUUAUGGUGAAUGCUGAGUUAGAUGAUCAGUCAUUACAAGAUCAACAUAUCAACAGUGGACAGAAAAAAUUGACCAAUGAUGAGAUAAUAGGUCAGGCUUUCCUGUUUUUUGUUGCGGGAUAUGAAACCACUGCCAACACAAUGAACUUUGUUUCCUAUGAACUAGCCGUAAAUCAGGAAGUUCAAGACAGAGUGGUUCAGGAGAUAAAGGAUCAAAUUGGGAAGGAUGAACCUAAUUAUGAAAAUGUGAACAAACUACAGUACAUGGAACAAGUGAUUUUAGAGACGCUCAGAAUGUACCCUCCUCUACCUAGACUAACUCGUGAGAUAGGGGAGACAGUUGUGAUAAAAGAUUACACUUUUCUAAAAGGAGGCACCGUGGUGAUUCCAGUGUAUGGACUUCAUCAUAAUCCGGAUUACUGGCCAGAUCCAGAGAAGUUUGAUCCAGACAGAUUUGAAAAUUCCAAGAAUGUCCAGAACAAGUUUUACUACAUGCCAUUUGGACUUGGUCCAAGAAUGUGUUUAGGAAUGAGGCUGGCCAUGUUAGAACUAAAAAUAGCCCUGGUUCAUGUUCUCAGGAGGGUUCGAUUUGUUCCCUGUCAGGAAACUCAGAUUCCCUUGAAAGUUAUUACCAACAAGGGUCUCAUAACUGUGGAAAAACCAAUCAAGUUAGCAUUUGAGUUACGAGAUUGAGAAAUUUUACCAAGUUUAAAAAAAUUAUGAUAACCUAGAAUGUGGAGAAACAAUCCUUGUAAUUGACCAUAAAAGAGGUAUUAAACAGAAACCCCAUCUUUGUAGACUACAUAGAAAAGUACAGCAAAGACAAUUUGAAGCUGAUAGACUAAGAACAAAUGAAGAAAUUUAAAAAGGCAAAUUAUGGAAAAUUGAUAUGAAUAUAUUGGUGAUAUUAAUGAUAUUAAUCAGAAGUUUUUGAAGUUGAAAUUGUUUUAGUUCACCUGUGUCAAAGGCUCAAGUGAGCUUUAAUUUUCUGAUUGCAAUUUCGUCAUUGUUAUCUUAAACUUUGACAAAAACAACUGGGCCAAUUUCAAUCAGCCUUGCCACAGAGCAUCCUUAGUUGGAUUGUACAAAUUAAUUAAGGGCAACAUAGCCUCUUUGAAGGGGAGAUAAUUCAGAAAUAUUGAAAAUUUGAUUGCAUCUUUAAAUAUCUUUAAAAAUUUCAAACUUUUAGAAAACUUUUUUUUACAAAGUGUAGAUUAAAGUUUGUUCAGAUGAUGACUUCCGGGGGUAGGGCAUUGCCACAAUGUCGGAUCAAAGUUUUAAAUUGAAUACAUGUAUAUAAAUGUAUAUACAAAGCUUUUAAAAAUCUUCUCUAGAACAGCAAAGCCACAAUUAGUCUUAUUGAUAAUAAUCAUUGAAAAAUCUUCUGUUGAAAAAAAAAGAAGCAAUUAGCUAUAUUGAUAUGAAAGCAUCCUUAAGUAGUUUAAAAUACAAGACCCCCCCCCCCCCCCCAUCCAUAAACUUUUCAAUUAUGUACCGAUUUGUUCAUUUUCUUAGUUAAUAUACUCUGGUGAGUAUUGUAGCCUAUGGUCCUUCUUUUAUCUUUUUUAUGUCAAUCUGUGAAUUAUCAUAGCAGUUUUGUGUGCCAAAAUUCAAGGACAAUACUUAGCUGCAGAACUGUAGCGUUAUGGUUUUACGAUUGAAUUUGCAUUAAGGUACUUGAAGUGAUAACGUACAUGUACAUAUGCAUUUUUAUAGUUUAAUAUUAAUUAUCUUAUAUCGUAAAUAUGCACAUACUUACAAGUAUUUUUAAAAGAAUUAUAGAAGGUGAUAGUGGAAGUUGGGCAGUCAUGUAUUAGCCCUAUCAGUAUUUCUACGCAUAUCAAUGCCAAAAUAAGGUGUUUUAUUGCAUACAUUUGUUACAUUGUUUAUUAGGUCAUGAGGUUUUUAUCUUACAUUGUACAUGUAUAGGUAUUUCAUUGAACAAAAUAUUAAUUUGUUAGCAUAAUUCCAGAAACAUAUAUCUUUUAAAAUGUGUAUAUUUACAAUACAUGAACAAUAUGAGCUGUCAGCGUCAAUCCUGAACAAAAAUAUAUGUAUGUAUCUAUUUGUCAAAGUGUAUUUGUUCAUGAAAACUCAAAAAGGAUUCUUUUUUUGUCUACUUUGUUAUUCUGAAGUUGUCAGUAAAAUAACAAUGAGAAGUGUAUAUAAUAUAUGUGCAAAAUAAGGAAUAAUAGAAAUACAUGUAGCAUGCAGAUUUUCAUAAAACCUUCUUUAAAUUAAUAUC